AUGAGUGACCCAACAAAUCCACAUAUCAAAGAGCGCGACACGCCCCAAUGGGGUCUCUACCAACGAGAGAACUUCAGGAAGCAGAACGAAGGAAAAACACCUCUAUUCAAUACAGAUCCCCGCAAAAUGGAAGAAAGAGCCAAAGAGAAACUCAGCGAGCGCGGCUGGUACUACGCCUCCUCCAACGCCGGAAUGUCAACCACCCACCUCGCAAACCGACAAGCCUUCUACCGCCACCGCCUAAUCCCCAACCAACUAAUCGACACAAACAACCGCUCCACAAAGACCACAAUCUUCGACCACGAAGUCUCCGCCCCCAUCGGCUUCGCCCCAGUAGGCAUAAACAAAAUCUACCAUUCCUCCGGCGAAGCCGCCGUCUCAAAAGUCGCCAGCGAGCUUAACCUCCCCUACUGCCUCUCCACAGCAGGAAGCAGCUCGAUAGAAAAAGUCGCCGACGCAAACGGAACCGGACCGCGCUUUUUCCAGCUCUACAUGCCGCACGACGACGAGCUGACGGUAUCGCUGCUAACGCGGGCCUGGGAGAAUGGGUUUGACGCGCUGAUUCUCACGACUGACACGUGGCAGCUGGGAUGGCGACAUGACGAUGUUGCGUCGUCGAAUUAUGCGUUUUACCGUGGAUUUGGGGCGGAGGUGGGGCUUUCGGAUCCGGUUUUUCGGAAGAGAUGUGCGAUGGAGGGGAUUGAUCCUGAUGGGGAUGUUGUGGCGGCGGCGACGAAGUGGAUUGAUUCUGUUUGGCAUGGGCGGGCUUGGUCGUGGGAGAAGAUUCCUUGGUUGAUGGAGACUUGGAGGGGGAUUAGUGGGGGGAGGCCGUUUGCGAUUAAGGGGAUUCAGUCGGUGGCUGAUGCGAGGAGGUGUGUGGAGCUUGGGGUUGAGGGGAUUGUUGUGAGUAAUCAUGCUGGGAGGCAGGUUGAUGGGGCGGUUGCUAGUCUUGAUGCGUUGGAGAGGAUUGUGGAGGUGGUUGGGGAGGAGAUUUAUAUUAUGUUUGAUUCGGGGGUUCGGGGGGCUAGUGAUGUUGUGAAGGCGUUGGCGCUUGGGGCGCGGUUUGUGUUUAUUGGAAGACUUUGGAUUUGGGGGUUGAGUAUUCAUGGUGAGGAUGGUGUGAGGCAUGUGAUGAAGUCGUUGCUGGCGGAUUUGGAUAUUUUGAUGGGCGUGGCUGGAUUUAACCGGAUUGAGGAUUUCACUCGGGAUAUUCUGGAGUCGGGUCCAAAGGACUAUACGCUCAUCCCGCAGAAGACCUUGUAA